AUGUCCUCUUCCCAUCCGCCACGCAGUACGCAGCUAGCCCCUCUCAGAUUCCAGGCACCGCAAGGAAGCGCCGGACUGACCGUGAAAUGUGGGGAGACGAAAGUCCAAAUCGUCGUGAAUAAGGAAAGUUUCGGAAGAGGCCUCGAUUUCCCCCCAUCUUCGCUCCGGCUGGGCGGUAACCCUAAAUCGGCGGGCAUCUGUGCGCCGGUCCCUGAAGACUCGACAUCCUCGGAAAUCGUCAUAACAGCGGGGCUGCGUGAUUGUGACAGCGAAUAUAAGGUGAGCGGUGAUUGGCUGAUUUACUCCAACAAGCUGGUGUUCGCCCCUCCCCCCACCCUCAUCUCCACGGGAAACCUGAUCAUCAGAGGGGCCCGGAUGUUGCUGCCCAUCGAGUGCCACAGGAGGCGGAGGCAGAGAGGGAGGGGCGAGACCGUGCGUCCCACCUGGAAAUCGUUCACCUCCACAGUCAGAGGGGCGGGGCUUCUGCGUUUCUCUCUGCGUGUCAUGACGGAAGACUGGAGUGGUCCCCGCAAUUCCACUGUCUUCCAGCAGGGGGAGCCUGUGAAUCUGGAGGCAGCUGUGGAUGGGCAGUGGCACCCACCUCUGCGGAUUUACGUGGACCGCUGUGUUGCCACCCUCAGCUCAGACCCCCUGUCUGAGCCCAGCUAUGACAUCAUCUCUAACCAUGGGUGUCUGACCGACGGCCGGUUUUCCAGCUCCUCCUCCCGGUUCUUCCCACGAGGUCGUCGGAACGCCCUGCGCUUCCGCGUCCGGGGGCUGCUCUCCCUCGGGAAUUCUCCGGGGCAGCAGAUAUUUGUGAGCUGUCACUUGCGAGCAGCGUUGGCAGAGAGUCCCUCCGACCCACUGAACAAGGCCUGCUUCUUCCACCCCGACUCUGACAGUUGGCGAGCGGCGGACGGAGAUGGAGCCGUGUGCCGCUGCUGCGAAACGGGCGACUGCUCCAGCUGGAUGCCCGUCGAGGCGGCCGGCGCGCCCGUCGAGGCGGACGGCGUGCCAAAGACGCCCUUGGCAUCAGGUACCCAGGUGACAGGGGUAGUUCUGGAACGAAAGAACAAGCUCUAAGGAUUUGAGGGGGUGAUGGACACUGCUGUGAGUCCACUCCACGCGCAGCUGCGAUCUGAUUGGCGGGGCUUCCUGUCAAUCAGUGAUGAGCUCCGCCCCCAUUAGCCCCUGCUGCCUGUUCCAGACCAGUCCUGUGGGAGCUGUGGUUGGCACAGAGUGGGCGGGCACAAGUCCGGCGGCCCUCUGAGACACACUGCUGGUGUGCCCGAGUGUGUGUGUGAGGAACAGCGGCUUGACACUCAUUCACAAGCUGUGUGUGUGUGUGUGUCUGAGGUACAGUGGCUUGUCACUCAUUCACAAGCUCUGUGUGUGUGUGUGUGUGUGUGUGUCAGUUCAUCCUCAUUCAGCAGGCCUUUCACACACUGGCAUACAAGGCAUGUGUGAAUAUUCAGGGCAGUCCGGAUCUCGACACUGUUGCGAAUUGUUGUGAAUCACUAUGAAGGUGCUCGCUAAGCUAAUAAACGUAAUCUCAGUCUUCA